AUGAGUACUUGCACGACGCCUUUGUUCCAAGGACCAUACGACUGUAUGUCAAAGUACGGUCUUGCGCAGAAGAUCUUCCUCGCGCCGCUGACCCGGGAAGGAAACUCCGGUAGGCCACGUCGCCUUCGUUGGUCACUUGUGCACCCGGUUCUACGCGCCUGCUCGAAAAGCACAUCAAAGUCUAUCCAGCGACAGCGAAAGCCUAUCUCCAUACGGCCCCGGGUAAAGGGCACCGGCAAGCGGAGUGUCCGAAAACGCUCUGGAAAUGUGAAGAAGAGGAUUGGCCUAAAGUAA